CUUAGCAAUCAAUUACGUACAAACCAAAGAAAAUAUGGUGCUAAAGAGGAGUAGAGAAGAAAGAUACAAUGUAGAAAGCACAAUAGCUAUGGCAAACUACUUAAUGAUGUUAUCACAAGGGCUAAAGACCGCAACCGUGACACACAGUGAAGGUCGUGUAUUCGAGUGCACGACAUGUAACCGUAAGUUACCUUCAUUCCAAGCCUUAGGAGGGCAUAGGGCUAGCCACAAGAGACCUCGAGCAACAAGCAACUAUCAUAACCACGAUGACAAUGAUCACUCGAUGGAUCAUACAACGAAGGGAAAACCGAAGAUGCACAAGUGUUUAAUUUGUGGAGUAACGUUUCCAUUAGGGCAAGCACUAGGAGGUCAUAUGAGGCGGCAUAGAGCUGCCCUUAGUGUAUCCUUACUUCCUUCUCAUCCUCUUGUUUCUUUAUCUUUGUCAUCAAGUUCUCCAAGUUAUGAUUGUUCGAUUGGGAUUAAGAGAAAUGGUGGAAGUGUUUUGAGUUUGGAUUUGGAUUUGAAUUUGACUUCUCAAGAAAUGGAUUAUUGGAGAUGAAGACCGUUCCUCCUAUUUUUGCUUGAUUAUUUGAUUUGUUAAUCAUUGUAUCUAGAAAGUACACUUAUUCUUUAAUUUUGGUUGAUUUAUUAUGAUAACGAACUAAUCUUGGAGACGUUUGUUAAUUACU